AUGGACAUAAAAAUCUUCGAAUCAUGGGAGUAUAUUUUCAGCGAACUUAUUCAACGAAAUUCUAAACUAACUGAAAAGGUCAGUCAACUUGAAAAACAAGUCCAUCAAUUAGCUGAGCAAAAUGUACAAAUCCAAGAUUUACAGAAGACGAACAAGGAAUUACAGCAAAAGUUUGAUGAGCAUAUUCUGCAAUGUUCGGACGAAAAGUCUAAGCACGACAAAUCCGAUAGCAUAAAGAAGUUAGAAGAAAGUGCUACUCAUUUCAAUAAUUGUGUUAUUCAACUAGCUUCUCGAAUGAACAGCAACUCAUUUCAAAUCAAGACACUGGAAACUGAAAAUAAGCUAUUAAAGCAGCAUUCUCAAAUGUUAACAGAACAAUUCAAUGAGUUACGUGAGAAAUCAGAUUCAUCGGCAAGUUCAAAUGAUAAACAGCCACAAACUUCUGCGGAAGAUUCAGUGGAUGAAGAUAACGUAACAACUACUGACAGUGGAUCGGUCAAGAAAUACUCUCAGCUAGAAGGAGUCGACGAGAGUCUUCAUGAUAGAUUAAAUAUGAUCGAAGAGGAAGAUUAUGCAAAUUUAGAAAUCACACGAAGAAGCGACAACAGCUCAAUCUUGAAUCUAGAUGGAUGGAUACUGUCUGAUGAAGAUAUGAGAGCCAAUAUUUACCAAUUAUGGAAUAUGGACGAUUUAUACACAGGACUUGUUCUUGAUCAUAAUCACAUUACGCAAAGUGGUGCUUUACUAUUAGCGGAAAUCUUAUCCGUCAAGAAUAGAUUAACACUAUUGUCUUUAUCUUACAAUAACAUAUCCGAUGAAGGUGUGCAUGCUCUGGCUAAAACUCUCUCAAACGAGAGAAGUUCUCUGUCAGAAUUGUAUCUUGGUUAUAAUGGAAUUACUGACAUAGGUGCAAAUCAUCUUGCUCAAAUGCUGAUGAAAAAUAAAUCGAUAACACAUCUGUAUCUGUCUGGAAAUCGUAUCACUGAUAGCGGUCUGCAAAUACUAGCUGAGGCAAUUGAAAAACACAAUUCAACAAUUCAAGUUUUAUCUUUAGAUUCUCAGAAGUGUAUAACUAAUAAGAGUGUCGAUUAUCUUCUACAGAUGAUACGAAAUCAUCCAUCGCUGGAGAAACUCUAUUUAACUAAUUGUAAUCUAUCUCAAAAGGAUAAAGAGAGACUUUCGAAAGUACAGCAGUACAAUGCAAAUUUUCAAAUAAUUCUGUAA